AUGCCUAUUGCCAAGGUUCACGCCCGUUCCGUGUACGACUCUCGCGGUAACCCUACCGUUGAGGUCGACAUUGUCACCGAGACUGGCCUUCACCGCGCCAUUGUCCCCUCCGGUGCCUCCACUGGCCAGCACGAGGCCGUUGAGCUCCGUGAUGGUGACAAGACCAAGUGGGCUGGCAAGGGUGUCCUCAAGGCCGUGAAGAACGUCAACGACAUCAUUGGCCCUGCCCUCAUCAAGGAAAACAUUGACGUCAAGGACCAGGCCAAGGUUGAUGAGUUCCUUAACAAGCUUGACGGUACCCCCAACAAGGCUAACCUCGGUGCCAACGCCAUCCUUGGUGUCAGCUUGGCUGUUGCCAAGGCUGCUGCCGCCGAGAAGGGUGUCCCCCUCUACGCCCACGUCUCCGAUCUUGCCGGAACCAAGAAGCCCUACGUUCUUCCUGUCCCCUUCCAGAACGUUCUGAACGGUGGCUCCCACGCCGGUGGCCGUCUGGCUUUCCAGGAGUUCAUGAUUGUCCCUGACUCCGCUCCUACCUUCUCCGAGGCUCUCCGCCAGGGUGCUGAGGUCUACCACAAGCUCAAGGCUCUCGCUAAGAAGAAGUACGGCCAGUCUGCUGGUAACGUUGGUGAUGAGGGUGGUGUUGCUCCUGAUAUUCAGACCCCCGAGGAGGCUCUUGACCUCAUCACCGAGGCCAUCGAGCAGGCCGGAUACACCGGCCAGAUGAACAUCGCCAUGGAUGUUGCCUCCAGCGAGUUCUACAAGGUCGAUGCCAAGAAGUACGAUCUUGACUUCAAGAACCCCGACAGUGACCCCACCAAGUGGCUCACCUAUGAGCAGCUGGCCGACCUGUACAAGUCCCUGGCUACCAAGUACCCUAUCGUCAGCAUUGAGGACCCCUUCGCUGAGGAUGACUGGGAGGCCUGGAGCUACUUCUACAAGACCUCCGACUUCCAGAUUGUCGGUGACGAUCUGACUGUCACCAACCCUCUGCGCAUCAAGAAGGCCAUCGAGCUCAAGUCUUGCAACGCUCUCCUGCUUAAGGUCAACCAGAUCGGUACCCUGACCGAGUCUAUCCAGGCCGCCAAGGACUCGUACGCUGACGGCUGGGGUGUCAUGGUCUCCCACCGCUCCGGUGAGACUGAGGAUGUCACCAUCGCUGACAUCUCCGUCGGUCUGCGUGCUGGUCAGAUCAAGACCGGUGCCCCUGCCCGUUCCGAGCGUCUGGCUAAGCUCAACCAGAUCCUCCGCAUCGAGGAGGAGCUCGGUGAACACGCUGUCUACGCUGGCAAGAACUUCCGCACUGCCGUUACCAUGUAA